AUGCGGCUUGCUCAUCUCCAUGUACCAAACAUUAUACCCUUUACGCAUGCUUCACUUCUACAACAGAUCCUCGCCUCACGUCUUCUCAGCCAUAAGAGGAAGCAGUCUGAGUCGCCAUCUACAUAUACGUCCAUCUGUGCCCCCGAUCCCACGAUCCUGACAUUCACUCCUCGCCCGGUAUAUACGACUGGUAGACGCGACCUCCCUACAUCAUGUUCUCCCAGUGACCAGUCAUCAAGCACCUUCGCCACCAAUGCGCCCAAUCUUGCCCUUCCAAAGCCUCUCGAGCCAAUUCGCCAUAUACUAACACCGACCUCCUCUCCCGCCAAUGCGGCGCAACGCCUUGCUGAAUAUCACCCUACCUUGCGUGGUGGGCAGACUACCUACCAUGGCCCUGGCCAGCUGGUGAUAUAUACCAUACUUGACCUGCGGGCUCUGCGAAUUGGUCCGCGGUGUCAUGUACAGUUGCUUGAAAACAGCGUCCUUGAUGUGCUAAAGGGGUUCGGUGUGGAAGGGGGAAUAACGACAGAGGACCCCGGGGUGUGGGUACGGCCUGGUGCCGGGAAGAACGGUAUGCCUCGCAAGGUUGCCGCUGUAGGUGUGCACUUGCGGCGGUUUGUGAGUAGUUAUGGAGUUGGAUUCUGCAUUACGCAGGAACCGCUAUGGUAUCUGCAGCAGAUAGUUGCGUGUGGGCUGGAAGGGAAAGAGUCUACCAGCCUUGAAGGCGUGGGAGUAGACGUGAGCAAUAUCACAAUGGAAGAAGUCGGCACGCGGUUUGUCCAGGCGUUUGUGAAUAGGGUGAAUUCCGGAGAGCCUAGCGGGGGUCACGGCCCAAGGCUGGACGAGGUAUAUAGGAUCCAAGAGGAGGAUGUGCUCGGUUAG